UUCACUUGCAGCGCAGCAGAUCCACAAUUCAACGUACAACCCAAUUUUACUUUGAUUUCUUGGCUUAUAUAUUGAUCUGAGGAAAAAUGGUGGACGCUAAUCAUCCAAAAGUAGUGUGCGUCACCGGAGCUGCUGGCUUUAUCGGCUCCUGGUUGGUCAUGACACUCCUCCAACGAGGCUACCAUGUUCACGCCACCGUUCGAGAUCCUGGGAACACAAAAAAGGUGAAACAUCUGCUUGAACUACCGAAAGCCGACACGAAUUUGACAGUAUGGAAGGGAGUAAUGGAGGAAGAAGGAAGCUUUGAUGAAGCCAUUGCAGGGUGUGAAGGUGUGUUUCAUGUGGCCACCCCUAUGGAUUUCGAUUCCAAGGAUCCCGAGAAUGAAGUGAUAAAACCAACCAUCAAUGGAGUGCUCAACAUUAUAAACUCUUGCGUGAAAGCCAAAACCGUGAAGAGGCUGGUUUUCACUUCCUCUGCCGGGACUCUUAACGUCCAACCACAACAAAAGCCUAUGUACGAUGAGAGCUGCUGGAGUGAUCUGGAUUUCAUAUAUGUCAAGAAAAUGACUGGAUGGAUGUAUUUUGCAUCCAAAAUACUGGCAGAGAAGGAAGCAUGGAAAGUAACAAAAGAGAAGAAAAUUGAUUUCAUAAGCAUCAUACCACCACUAGUGGUUGGCCCAUUCAUCACCCCAACAUUCCCACCCAGCCUCAUCACUGCACUCUCACUAAUUACUGGGAACCAAGCUCACUACUCCAUCAUUAAGCAAGGGCAGUAUGUGCAUCUGGAUGAUCUCUGCGAAGCUCACAUAUUCUUGUAUGAACAUCCCAAAGCAGAAGGAAGAUUCAUCUGCUCUUCUCACCAUACAACCAUCCACGGUUUAGCGGAGAUGAUCAGACAGAAUUGGCCUGAAUACUACAUCCCUUCUCAGUUUAAGGGUAUUCAAAAGGACUUGCCUGUGGUUUAUUUUUCAUCCAAGAAGUUGCAAGAUAUGGGGUUCCAGUUCAAGUACUCUCUAGAGGACAUGUACAGAGGAGCUAUAGAGACCUUGAGGAAGAAAGGGUUACUUCCCUAUUCUACUAAAGAAGCUGCUGCAAUUCAUGAAGAAGAGCAAGAGACAGUGCCCUUAAAAGUCCAAGAACCUACUAAGCAAGAGGCCACAACAGUGCCCUUAAAACCUGCUGCCAUUGAACAAAAGCAAGAGACUGUGCCCUUAAAAUUGGAAGAACCCACUGCCAUUGAACAAAAGCAAAAGGUAGUGCCCUUAAAAGCUUGAGCACCUCCUGCUGUUGAACAAGAGAAGCACAUUGAUACACUCAUGGUGCAAUGUUGUUGUAGUUGCUAUUAUUGAAAAUGACUAAGGGAUGAAUAAUAUAUUGAAUUUGUUUGGAGA